AUGGCAAAGAAAAAUAGUAAAAUUUUGAGAAGAAGAGAACACGCUUAUGAUCUUAUCAGAGAGAAGGAAGCAAUGGAGAGACGUAACAAGAGAUUGGAAAGCAAACAAAACAAGAGAAAGAUGGAAGAAGAACAAGAAAAGUUGCAACAAAAGAUGGAGGUUGAUGAAGUAACCGUUGAAGGAAACAGAAGAGGUGGAAAGAAAAUGAGAAAAUCAUCUGAUGAAUAA